AUGCUGUCCUUUUUGAAACAAUUGCUACCUCCCUCCACGCCUCCAUCGUAUUCUGCGGCAGAGAAGAGGCAAUUCAUCCCCGUCCCAGAGGAGGAACUAGGUCAAGUCGGAUCUUCGCGGUGCCAAAAUAUUAACCCCCUUCUUCUGAGAAACCCAUACAGACGAACCCUCUACAUUAUUUCGGGCAUCAACCUCUUCCUGCUCGUGGUGUCGGCAUUCUGCAUCUCCAAGGGAUUUCGUUACAGGGAAGACGUACGACUCAACCGCAACAAUGAACUACUUCGCAUCAGCGACUGGUAUUCACCAAUUCACAACGAGGUGCAGAUUGACAUUGUCGACAAAAAGGUAAACGGAAGCCUACUCAAUAUGGACCACUCACUAUUCCGUUCCCCCCCGUCGCCCGAGGUAGACGCCGCCUGGGAACGCGUCAGCAGCCUCAUGCCGCACGUCAUCAGCACCGACGACGUGGUCCGUCUGGGCAAGGACCCCUCGCAGACGGCCCGGUGGUCAGAGGACUGGGGUUUCGGCCCGGAGGCACACGUGGCGGAGCUCGACGUGUUGCACACGAUCCACUGCCUCAACGCCGUCCGGCGUGACGUUCACUGGAAGCACUACUUUGGCGACGACUACCCGAACGGUGACUUUCCAGAACUGCACCGCAUCCACACCGACCACUGCAUCUACGUCAUACUGCAGAACCUCAUGUGCGCCGCGACCGCCGACGUGAUUACGCAGCCGUGGGUGGAGGGCCAGGCACAUCCCUUUCCCGACUUUAGCAUCAACAAGAAGUGCCGCGACUUCGACGCCAUUCUCGACUGGCAUGAGCGCACCAUGAUCCGCGACACAAAGGCGUUUACGGAGAUGAGGAAGCCGGAGAAUUUCAAGGCCGUGCCCAUGUCGGAUGAGUUUCAUGAGCUGUUCCAGACGGGCGAGGGAGACGCCCAUGGUGGGCAUCAUCAUUAG